AUGGCCGAAGCAACGGAGAAAGAUCAAGGUCAUUAUGACCAUCUGCGUGGGAAGUCUCUGGCUAGCCGACAGCGGGGUGCUGAAGGAGAAGAAAGCCACGACGAAUCGAUUCGCGAUCCCGCUCGCCGAGCACAGCUGCACCCUGAGGCCAAAUGGGUUGACCAACGCUGGGUCGUCGACGAGGAAUAA